UAUAGUUUGGGUAAAAAUGAGUCACUUAAGACCGUUUAGCCACGUUUAUGUGCAGCCACCCCAUCAGAACUGAUCCUGUCCUAAAUAAACAUUAAUGAUUAAAUGUGUUUAUAAGUGAAAUAAUGACGAGGUUUUAGAUUAAACAGAUAAUGCAGCGAUUAUAAACAGAGAUGAGCAGUGACCUGGUGGUGAAGAGAAACAGCUGCUGUCAGAAGAGGAGGAGAGAAGUGAUGAGAAGUCUUUUAACUCCUGAUAAGAAGAGACAGAACUCAUCCGAACUGAGCAGAAACGCUGAACACAGAGUUCUGAGUCACAUCAGAAGUUCUGAAGAGAACCACACUGGUACUGAACAGUGCUACAGUGACAAUGAGGAUCUUUUCGACGGCUACGACAGCAUCAUCGCCGACAGCUCCUUCCUCGCCAAACUGGAAGAUGUGGAACAGACUCAAGAGGAGCACGGAAACCCCCGACAUGCGAUCAAGCACCCAUGUGAGGAGGAUCUCACAGACUCCAUCUUCAUCGAGGAUCUGCCUGAAACGUCUCUCGGGGAUUUACCCAGCUCUCAGCUGGCCUUUCAGCAGGAGGUGACCGACCUCCAUCAUUAUCAUCGGGUCACGGAGAGCACUUCCACUUCCACCUCCACCUCCGCUCCAGAUGUGAGAGACCUGAAGCGGACCGCCGUUCCCGCAGAUGUUCCCGAGAGGAGCAGUAAAGCGGGUGUCAGGGCGAGGAGAAGCAUGGCAGACCAGCUGAAGAAGGCCAUGCUGGAGAACGCCGCCUCGUCCAACACCGUUUCCAAGACGGCCCUGAACAAGGAAGCGGUCGUGAGCGCGGAGAUGAGCGUCGCCGUGCAGGCCCUCGGGUCCGUCCCCGCCGGAGGAGACCUCGGGCCUUUCUUCGGCCUGCCGUCCAAAGUGAAGGACCUGAUCAUGAGGCUGAAGAGAAUCCAGGAUCUAUAUGACUGGCAGAAGACGUGUCUGAGCCUGGACUCGGUGCAGCGCAGAGGGAAUCUCAUCUACUCUCUACCCACCAGCGGAGGAAAGACUCUGGUGGCGGAGAUUCUGAUAUUUAAGGAGAUUCUCUGUAGGAAGAAGGACGCGCUGAUCAUCUUACCGUACGUCUCCCUGGUACAAGAGAAGGUCCGAGGAUUGUCGAGUUUCGGCAUGGAGCUGGAUUUCCUGGUGGAGGAGUACGCCGGGAGUAAAGGAAAGUUCCCCCCAGUGAAGAGAAGAAGCAAGAACUCGCUCUACAUCGCCACCAUCGAGAAAGGGCACAGCCUGGUGAACUCCCUGAUCGAGAGCGAGCGUCUGGAGAACGUCGGCCUGGUGGUGGUGGACGAGCUCCACAUGCUCGGCGACGGCAGCAGAGGAGCGAUUCUCGAAAUGACUUUGGCGAAGGUUCAGUACAUCAGCAAAAGCACGCAGAUCAUCGGUAUGAGCGCGACUCUGGGGAACGUCUCGGACCUGCAGAGCUUCCUGAAGGCCGAGAACUACAGCAGUGACUUCAGACCUGUAGAGCUGAUCGAGUACGUGAAACUGAAGGACGGCAUAUAUCGGGUCGACCCGAAAGAGGAGCAGUGCUUCCGAUUCUCACGCCUCCUGAAAUUUAAGUACUCCAGCGGAAUGCAGAAGAUGGACCCGGAUCAUGUGAUCGCUCUGGUGACCGAGGUGAUACCCCGGCAGUCGUGUUUAAUAUUCUGCGCCACCAAGAAGAACUGCGAGAACGUCGCUGGGAUGAUCUGCAAGUACCUGAAUAAAGACUUCCUGGAACACAGACAGAAAGAGAAGGCCACGUUACUGGCUGAGCUGAAAAACAGUGGCAACGGGGCUCUGUGCCCGGUGCUGCAGAAGACCGUACCGUUCGGCCUGGCGUACCACCACAGCGGCCUGACCAGCGACGAGAGGAAGCUGCUGGAGGAGGCCUAUUCAUCUGGGGUGCUCUGUCUUCUGGCCUGCACCUCCACACUGGCAGCGGGCAUCAACCUCCCUGCCCGCAGGGUGAUCCUACGAUCCCCCUACGUGGGCGCGGACUUCCUAAAGAGGAAUCAGUACAAGCAGAUGGUGGGGAGAGCGGGACGCGCCGGGAUCGAUUCCAUGGGCGAGAGCAUCCUGAUCCUGCAGGACAGAGACAGAGAGCGGGCGAAAGACCUGGUGUGUGCACCGGUCGACAACUGUUACAGCAACCUGCUGCAUGAUGGAAGUCGAGGUCUGCUGAGUCUCAUCCUCUCCCUUAUUGGCCUCAAUAUAACCCGUACAGCCGAUCAGCUGGUCGAGUUCAUGUCUGGGACUUUACUGGGUGUUCAGGAGACUCGGGUGUGUCAGCAGAAGAGCCUGAGAGAGCUCACGCUGGAGUCCUUAGUGGUCCUAAAACAGAAAGAACUCAUCUACACGUCAGAGACGCCCCACCAGACUGAGCUACACAUCACCAGACUCGGAAAAGCGACGUACAAAGGUUCUGUAGACCUGAACUAUUCUGACGUCCUCUACAGAGACUUAUCCAAGGGUCUGGAGGGUCUGCUGCUCAACAGCUUCCUUCACCUGGUCUAUCUGGUCACUCCAUACGACAUGGUGUCUCAGUGCAAACCGGACUGGAUGAUCUACUUCAGCCAGUUAACGAAAUUAUCCGCUGCUGAACAGAAGAUGGCGGCGACUAUCGGCGUUCCCGAGAGCUUCGUGGCUCGGAAAGCCGCUGGACAGAGUGUGAGAAAGAGUGUGGACGUGGCGGUGGUGAACAGACUGUACUUGGCGCUGGUCCUUUACUCCCUGCUGAAAGAGACCGACCUGUGGAGCGUCUCUGACCGGUUCCGGCUGACCCGAGGCCUGGUUCAGACCCUCAUAAGUUCUGCUUCGGCGUUCUGCUCCUGUGUGCUGCACUUCACCGAGGAGUUGGAGGAGUUCUGGGCGUUCAAAGCCCUCCUGACCGAGCUGACCCGCAGACUGACCUACUGCGUGCAGACCGAACUCAUCCCGCUCAUGGAGGUGGCCGGAGUCAUGGAGUUCCGUGCCAAGCAGCUGUACGGCGCCGGGUACAAGACGCUCGCUCAUCUCGCCAACGCCGACCCCGACGUGCUGGUCAAAUCCGUGGAGAACCUGUUCAAGCGGCAAGCCAGGCAGAUCGUGGCGUCCGCUCAAAUGCUGUUACAGGAGAAAGCCGAGGCUCUGCAGGAGGAGGUGGACGAGCUGCUGAUGCUCCCCGCUGAUCAACCGUCUAUAUAAAUAUAGAAAUCUGUACCCGUGUAAUUAUUAUCAGUGUGAUUUAUAUUGUAUAAUGUUUAUUUUUGUAUAUAUUCGUCAUUUCUAGCUCACGCGGCUACAUGAAAUAAAAGUAUAAGACCGUGUAA